AUGCCUUUGACAGAUGUGAUUCAAAGUUUUAUCGCGCAUUUUGGAAACCAUUGGGGCCCUCCUGUGAAUGCAACUUGUGAAGAAUACUUCGAGUCAUGCCAUGCAGCGCUGCCAGAGCCUCUGGAUCCAGUUUACGCCUGUCAGAAGAAUGUCAAGUACGGAGAGCAUGAACGACAUCGAUUGGACUUCUCUCGGAACAAUUCUGACAACUUAGGAAAAUUCUUCGCGUCCAACAAUAUGAUCGGAAUCCUGGGCACGUACCGUUUACUACCCGAGGCUCGGUUUCCUGACGGAAUGGACGAUGUCACUUCUGCGCUACGAUGGAUUAAGGCCAAUAUUCAUGAGUAUGGAGGGGAUGCAAAUGGCAUCUUUGCCAUUGGCCAAAGCGCCGGUGGGGGACAUCUGGCCAUGGCGUUAUUUUCCGGCCGAUUACAACAGCAGAACGCGAUGCCCAAGGGGGUGAUGCUGCAAAGUGCGGCUCUUCUCUAUGAUCUGUCGCAGGAACAACGCCGGACGAGUAUGAUUGCUUACUAUGCUACGCACGACUUGGACCGGAUUUUGGCACAAUCUGCCUUAGGGCUGUUCAAUGAGCUGGUCACUGCUGAGACCAUGAUGCCAGCGUUAUUCGUGACAGUCGCAGAAUUUGACUUUCAAGAGUGUCUGCAAGGGAACCAGAAAUUCGUGCGGGCCUUUUCGAAACGAAUGAAAUAUCUUCCAACCUAUCAAGUUCUGCCAGGACAUAACCAUGUUAGCUAUUGUUUGUCAAUUGGGUUACAGGGGGAUGAAGUUGGCCCGAGGAUCGUGGAGUGGGUCAGAGACUGCUUGUGUACAGAGUAA